UGUGCGUGCUGGGAGGAAGCGGCCCACGGCAGAAAUAGCGGAGGCUCGCCCAGGUGACUGAGGACUUGGGUUGCUUAAGGACUCGAGGUGGGCCUGACGGCGCUCAGCCUCUCCCUCUGCAGCUUCGACCCACUUCUUAAACUUGCGUUCGUCUGGGGCAGCGUCCCGGAUUUCUAAGAGCCUUGGGCGCUUCUACUGCCACCUCCAUCUUGGAAGGGGCGCCGGAGUCGGGGAUUGGGUACCUACACAGAAACUACAGUUUGAGUAUGCUUAAGAGAAGAGGGAGAACAAGCCGGAUCAGAAGACGAAAACUCUUCAGAAGUUCUGAAUCAAGAGGAGUGAGCGAGAGCUACAAGUAUGAAUUUAUAGAGCUAAAGAAGUGGCUGAAAGAUAGGAAGUUUGAAGAUACAAACUUAACGCCUGCUUGUUUUCCAGGUACAGGAAGGGGUCUGAUGAGCAAAACAUCCCUGCAGGAGGGACAGAUGAUUAUUUCGUUGCCUGAGAGCUGCCUGCUUACCACGGACACGGUGAUUCAAAGCUACUUAGGGGCGUACAUUACUAAGUGGAAGCCUCCUCCGUCUCCUCUGCUGGCUCUGUGCACCUUUUUAGUUUCAGAAAAGCAUGCUGGGGACCAGUCUCCCUGGAAGCCGUACCUGGAUAUUUUACCCAAGGCCUACACCUGCCCUGUUUGUUUAGAACCGGAAGUGGUGAAUCUUCUUCCCAAACCUUUAAAAGCAAAGGCUGAAGAGCAGAGAGUCCGCGUGCAGGAGUUCUUUGCUUCCUCCAGAGACUUUUUCUCUUCCCUGCAGCCUCUGUUUGGGGAGGCUGUUGACAGUAUCUUCAGCUACAGCGCCCUCCUGUGGGCUUGGUGCACCGUCAACACCAGGGCUGUGUACCUGAGGCCCAGGCGGCAGGAAUGCCUUUCUGCAGAGCCGGACACCUGUGCUCUCGCUCCAUACCUGGAUCUGCUGAAUCACAGCUCACAUGUCCAGGUAAAAGCAGCAUUUAAUGAGGAAACUCGCUGUUAUGAACUUAGAACUGCUUCAAGUUGGAGAAAACACGAAGAGGUAUUCAUCUGCUACGGCCACCACGAUAACCAUCGACUGCUCCUGGAAUACGGAUUUGUUUCCAUCCGUAAUCCUCACGCUUGUGUUUAUGUGUCGAGAGAAAUACUUGUUAAAUAUCUUCCAUCAACAGAUAAACAGAUGAACAAAAAGAUUUCCAUUUUAAAGGAUCAUGGUUUUAUAGAAAAUUUGACAUUUGGAUGGGAUGGACCAUCUUGGAGGUUACUCACAGCUCUUAAGUUGUUAUGUCUGGAAGCCGAAAAGUUUACAUGCUGGAAAAAAAUACUUCUUGGAGAAGUAAUUUCAGAUACAAAUGAGAAGACAAGUUUGGACAUAGCGCAGAAAAUAUGCUAUUAUUUCAUAGAGGAGACUAAUGCUGUGCUUCAAAAGGUUUCUCAUAUGAAGGAUGAAAAAGUAGCUUUGAUAAACCAACUAACUUUGGUGGAAACAUUGUGGCUGGAAGAGCUAAAGAUUCUCAAGGCGUCUGCUGAGGUCCUGCACAGUUUGCAAACAGCGUUUCCCUGACUUCACCUAAGUGCAUUUGAUCACCUCCUAUGAUACUGAACUUUCAGGAGUGUCUUCACAGGCUGCAUUGGUGGCCGCCCCAGGCCAGCGAAGGAUGUGCAGGGGCCCCGCAGGUUCCGGGACCGUGGGGCUGUGAGUGAAGAUGGAUGUGCUGUCCGCAAAUGGCACUUUAAUAAUACUCUGCGGAACAAACAGCACGAGGAAAGUACUGAGCUGCAAGGAGAAAGGCAGACUUCAAGGGGACCAGGAGCCAGCCGGCCUCUGUGUGUGGCCUGUCACCGCAGGGCCUGCUUCUUGUCUGGCUCAGCAGCUGUCAAAGUCAAGCAGUUGUGCUUUUAAGAUGCUCUGAUACCAUCGGGUCCAGGGGCGUGUUGGUGGUGGGUGGCUUCGGGCGGAGGGUGUGGGCGAGUGCCUGGCAGUCCUGGGUCCCAGCCGGGGUAGCCCUCGGCCAUCCCUGUGCGGACACACUGGUGUGGGUGUUGAGGAGCCUUCCGGGGACACUUGGGGUUCCCAGGAGGAGGGAUUUUCCCCUGGACAUGCUCCUGGCCUUGCGCACGCCCAGGUCAGGGCUUGUCUAAGUAUUCAUUCGGGAAGAAGGAGAGGGUGAGCCACAAGCUCUUUCAGCUUUGUUCCGGCCUUUCCUGGGCAGGCCUUUCCACUGGAGGAGCCAGGCCCUGUCCUGCUCAGCUGUGCCUCGGUGGGCAUAUCUGUUCAACUCAGGGGUUCAGUGUGGAUCAGCUGACCUCAAGCCACGGUGAUAUUUUGGUUUCUGUCCUUACUCUUUGUUUUAUUUUUUGUUCUUCUCAGACCCAGGGUGGGGAAAAGGAGCCACUUUCCACAACUCUCAGCAGUCUGUGGCCGCAGGGGACCCCCUGGAUAAGUAACGGAGGAGGGGAGCCCUAGAGGGACAGCCAGGGCUGGCAGAGCUUGUCCUGCUCCGGUCUGUGCCAUCGCGGCUGCGCAGAGCCCUGCUUCCCCUCCUGGGGGUGCAUGCUCCCCAGAGCUCAGAUUCCUUUCUCAUGGCGGAGCUCAUCGAGGCCAAGCGGAUGGGGCCCCCUCGCCUCCGAAGGCAGUCUGAGUGUAAAUGAAACAUUGUCAUUCUAUCUGGAGCGUCUUUCCCUGUUCGUGGAUAUAGUUUGUGUUGAUUUCAUUUUUUAGUAGCUGUGGUGUAUUUUAUAAUAUGCCAUGGGGGCUUGGACAGACUUUUUCUGUGGAGGGCCAAAUAGUAAAUAUUUUAAGCUUGAUGGACCAUGGUGUAUUUGUUCCAACUAUCCUGCAAAGCGGCCAGAGACUACAUGUAAACAAAUUGCACAGCUGAGUUCUAAUAAAACUUUAUUUAUAAAGACAA